CCCGGCAGUACCUACCUUAUGGCAUAGGCCCUUGUUCCAACUCACACACCCCGGUUGCUACUGGAUGUCGGGGCUGCAGCACCAGCACGUUGUGGACUUGGAUUGUGGACGCUGCUCGCGACUAGAGACGCAGAUUCGUCCACCCAAGAUAUAAACCUCAUGGCCCUCCCACAUGGUUUCGAUCGAGCCCUGCAAUCAACUCCAUCAUCAACUUCAAUCAUCUUCUUACUUCGUCUGCCUUUGUGCACUUGAACAUCUCUUACUACUACUACUACUACUACCAACCUUCUUACCUCUUUGCUUUGCUCGGCCUGGCGACUCUUUGAACCACCAGACCGUCUUCCCAGCAAAAACGCUCUUCUCCCUCCUCCACCCUACUUCUACUUUCACAAUCACAACUCUCAUCUCUUCAGCCGAGAUGUCUGUCUACGCCAUGCCUCCCCAGCAGUCGUACAUGUACGCCAUUCCUCAGUCUGCUCCCCAGCAGCAGGCUGCUCCCAGACAAUACUCUACCCACGGAACCAGCAGUGCCUUCAGCAGCUCCGCCCUUCCUGACGAGGACUGGACCAAGAUUUCCGAUCUUGCUGAACGCCGCCGCAUCCAGAACCGCAUUGCUCAGCGCAACUACCGCAAGAAGCUUAAGCGCCGUCUUGAAGACCUCGAGCGCCGCGCUGGUUCUUCCGACGAUGGCGAGUCUGAGAAGCCCGUCGUCUCUCCCAAGGCUUCCAAGCGCACCUCGACCUCCAAGUCUCCCGCCAAGCAGGGUGCCACCGCCAUUCCCACCAAGGCCGCUGCCCGCAGCCAGUACACUCCUCCUAUGGAGGCUUCGGACGACCUCAUCUUUGGAACUCCUUCUUUCGAUGACCGCGAGCGCAACACCUCUCCCCCCAUGUUCAGCUCCUACGCCCCAUACCCUGCUCACGACGAGCUGCUUCUCCAGCCCUACGGUGCUACCCAGCCGUACCCCAGCAUUGCCACCACUGAGCAGUACGCCAACUACUUGACCAGCACCACCAUGUCUUCUGCUCUUCCUUCCAUGAGCCACUUCAGCGACGCCUUGAAGCGCGAGAGCUUCUCCAGCGCCGAGGAGAGCAACAUGGGCAGCUACCUUGGCUACGGCUUCAUGCACAGCCUGGACAUGAACAACUACGAUCCUCACACUCCUCCUCUGUCUCACUCGUACGACCAGUCUGCUUCUGGCUCUGAUGCCGGCUUCGAGUACCCCACGACACCGCUGUCUAUGCCCGACUCUCCCGGCAUGCUUCACAUCUAAACAAGGCAUCUGGGAUGCAGGCGGAGAGUAGGCUUUCCACAGCCUACUUGUGUUAUCAACUUUUUUCCACACAUUGGCCCUGGUUCCUGGUUCUUCACUUCCUUCUACGAACACAUUUUAUUACAACCACCAUUCUUCUCGAACAUAUUCAAUAGAAGGGAACCAGGGCAACAGCACAUAGACAAAGACGGAGCGGCGUUUACAACCAUUCUUUUUUUCACAAUGGUUGAUGAGGAUUAUGCAUUCUUCCUGGUUUGGGAGACCUUGUUAUGAAUAAGACAUUUUUUUUGAUUCGGCUUUCUCUACGGAGGAACAGCUGGCGUUUACAGAGGGCUAUAUAGAACUUGGGAUUUUGUUUUUUACUUUGGGUACUAGCGUAGCAAAGAAUUUUCUUGUUUGAAGACAAUUUACAUUUUAUUAUGAAAACUA